GCUGAGCGUCGUCCACGCCGCCUAAGCCUGCCCUGUCUUCCCCAACUCUCCGGUGAGCACAAAGUCCUCUUCUCUAGCGCUACACUCCCUGUAUCUUGACCGCCCAAACACCUAGACCAUGCCGCCUCCUCACUAUGACUUUCUAAUCAAGUUGCUACUCAUCGGCGAUUCAGGUGUCGGGAAGUCAUGUCUCUUGCUACGAUUCUGUGACGACGCAUGGACGCCCUCGUUCAUCACGACCAUUGGUAUUGACUUCAAGAUUCGCACAAUCGAACUCGACGGCAAGCGCAUCAAGCUCCAGAUUUGGGAUACGGCUGGUCAGGAGCGAUUCCGGACCAUCACCACCGCGUACUAUCGCGGCGCAAUGGGCAUCCUCCUGGUCUAUGAUGUAACGGACGAGCGAUCGUUCAACAACAUCCGAACAUGGCACGCCAACAUCGAGCAGCACGCCUCCGAGGGAGUGAACAAGAUCCUCAUCGGGAACAAGUCGGACUGGACGGAUAAGCGUGCCGUCACAGAGGAGCAGGGCCGCGAGCUCGCAGACGAGCUUGGCAUCAAGUUCAUGGAGACCUCCGCGAAGGUCAACGACGGUGUCGAGGAGGCAUUCUUCACUCUGGCAAGAGACAUCAAGGCACGGCUCAUCGACUCACAACCGGAAGCUGCGGGCGCUGCAAGUGGUGCCCCUGGUUCGGAUGGCGCAGUCAAAGUCAACCAGCCCGCAAACCAGACUGCCGGAGGCUGCUGCUAAGCAUCUCCAGUGUGAUUAGAUGUUGCAUACCUGUACGUCUCGCCUGUGUUGUUAUGGAUGUUCCUCAGAUGGUCCCUCGUCGUAUUUAU